AUGCGAGCUCGGCAAGUUGGAGAGAAGGCAUACCAACAGUUUAAGACAGAAAGGAUUGAAAGUUCAACCCCGAAAACAAAAUUUCACGAUCCUCUGAAACUAACCAAGCUGAAGACGUUCUCUUCCCUCGGUAAACAGAAGACCGUCAACUCAAAUGGGCGUGCUCUUAUCUUAAAGGCCGACAGAAGUGUCUUUAGAAGAAUGAUGAUAAUAGGUCAGAGUAGAAAGAUUGAAGUGCGAGAACUGCUUUGCCACAGUCUUGGCCCUUUGCCAUGGGCAUUGGCCACACCAGAGCGUUUCCCUAGGAAGACCAAUAAAGCAAAUUUUGGAGAGGACCUGAGGUUUCAGGUUGCAAGCAUAACGGCCUCACAAAUUGUACGACAACGGAGGAAGUUCCUUGUUCAAGUCCGAAACAGGACAAGCCUCAUCAAAUUUUUGGCAGAAGAAAGGAAGAGACAACAAUACAGAGAGAAACUUAAUGGAAAGACCUUGUACGUGACCCGUGAAUGUCAGUGUUGGAAGAUUACUGAAGAGGGAAGUGAAGAAGUACCUGAGCUUAUCAGUUGCCAGGAAGAAGCCGAUACACGCCUUGUACUUCACGCUAAACAUGCCUUCGGACGAUGGUUAUGCUGCAGUUAUAGUUAACUCAGAAUAUGCUGACGUGUUCAUCCUACUUGUAGCAUUUUGCAGAUCUAUCGACGCCAAACUUUAUCAAAGAUGCGGAACUCAUACGCGUACAAAGCUGGUAGAUAUAGGCAAGGUGGCUCUAGCUUUGGGUGAGAGGCUGUGCAGAGGACUUAUCGGACUUCACGCGUUCACGGGAUGUGACACCGUUAGUGCCUUUUCCGGCAAGGGAAAACUCAGCGCAUUUAAGCUAAUGAAAGCAAGGGAAGACGUUAGAGAAGCGUACAUCAAGUUAGGAGAAGCAUGGAAUCUGUCCGAUGAAUUGUUGGACGCAUUAGAGAAGGUUACCUGCUCUCUUUACACUCCCAGCACCGCAACCGCGAGUAAUAUCAACGAUGUCAGAUACAACUUGUUCUGCGCUAAGAACGGUGAAAUCGAAUCUCACUUGCUGCCCCCUUGCAAGGAUUGCCUCAGUAAGCACGCCAUGCGGGCAAAUUAUCAAGCAUGUAUUUGGCGAAGAAGUCUUGAAAGGAAUCCGGUCAUUCCUAGUCCAGUGGGUAUGGGCUGGAAGAUGGAAACACUUGCUGAUUCUCAGGUUCUUAGUAUUGACUGGAUGGAAAAGAAACCUGCACCAGAGGCUGUGCUAGAACUCCUGGUUUGUAAAUAUAAAUGCAAACGAUCUUGCAACUCUCAAUCAUGUCCUUGUGUAGCAAAUGGUCUAAAGUGUACAGAUAUUUGCACUCUAUCGAAAUGUGAAAAUCAAGUGGACGCUGAUGACGAAAUGGAAGUGGGUAGUUCAGACGUUGACAAUGACCCCGAGGAGGAGUGUAAAUUCACUUGA